GGAGAAUAUCGGUCCAUUGCUUGCUAGUCCAUUUUCGCAAGUCAGCAUAUUGACUGAGCUCAUCCAUGGACGCCUCCAGUUCCGAACCAUCUUCCGCUCCAUACAAGAAGUCGGUGAUAACAGUUCCGGAGAAAGUAUCGCCCUUAGACGACUCGAGUUUGCUGCGCAGCUUGGUCGAAUAUCAGACAAGCCUGCUAGAUGAGGAAAUGGACACACCUGUCGCUCAUCCCGGCUAAUCACCAUCGUCAUCCGCUCCAUAUCCAAACCCUCAGCCACUAUCCGACGAAGGCUGUCCUUCAGACGGACAUCGAAGUCGUCGAUAUGUUCCGUGGGAAUCGAUCCUACGUAGAUUGGCAAGUAAAGUGCAGUAGCUCGCGUGUCUUCUCCAAAGUAGAUGUACGUGCUUGAAAACGAUAUAGUUGUGGACAGACCAAAGAUGCCAGAGAUAGACUCACCACAGCGGCGAGUCGAUCUCAAUGUACUCUUUGUUCAGAGGAGCAACGGCUGACGACGUCAGGUACGAGCCAAGCAGAUCUAGUGCCUAGACGCGGAGAGAUCAGUACAGCGACUCGGGAGAAAUGGCCGACCGACCUUUCUCUCCAGAAACUGAUUCGGUGCAGGACCGAGACAGCUGAUGAUGAGUUCGCCGACGCUCUCGUCCUUUUCAGGGAACUCGAUGGUGUCCUUGAUAGUUUCGUCAAUCGGAGGCCGGAUGGCACUGGGUGUUUCAACAAAAGGUCUCUUCCAGCCAGGGGGUCGAGGCCCCAAGUUCUGUCCAUGUGCAAUCAAGCUGGGCUCAACUUUCUCUUGGACGACCGAUAGAAGCGUUUCAGUGCCACUUGACAGUUUUCCGGUAACAAUCAAGGACAGAUUGUGGGGAACGUAGUAAGUGCCAUGAUAUUGACGGACUGUUCAUAUCGGUUGGAUCGGGGAAUGAACUUGGAGACGCCACUCACUUUGCUCGACGGUCAAUACCCGCAAAGCCUCCAUCAGACCACCAGUUUCACUUCGGUAGGCGCUUCCGGGUGGGUCGAGCAAGCGCUGCAGUCUAUGGGGCGUUAGUCGGCAUACAGUCGAUCUGAAACGUCCGCUGACCUGAGAGCCAUCAAAUCCCCCGAAGUAUUCUCCCGGCCUUGCAUUUCCGAAUAGACGACCCCAGAAUCUUCACCACUCGGGUCGAUGUGAUGCACUUCGGUGACAAAGCUAUAGCCGCCCGUCACUUCGAGCAUGACGACCCCGACGGAUAUAGAACUCACCCUGCCUUGGUCAUUGUGGGGUAAAGUAUGUGGUCCACGUAGAUCGGUAACAAUUGCAGGAACCCUUGUUCUCCAGCGGUCGAAACGGUGUACGCCGUGUGGUCAUUGUCCGUCCAAGCAUUAGUUCCGUUGGAGAAUCCUCGGUUUGCCAAGUGGUCGAUGAUGCCCUUGUAAGGGUACUUUUCCGAGCCCAUGAACACCAAACUGUGCGGACGACGAUUGGAAACAGUGACGCGGUACAUUGGAGACAACGCACUGUUCAAGUGUAUGAGGACAUCCACUGUCGUCAAAAACUGCACAUACAGCUUUGAGAAACUUGAUUCAAGGAUCGUCACACACAAACGCACUCUCUGUCCCAACAGCAAAAUACCCAUUUACGAGGGGAGCUGAAGAAGCUUAAGUUUUGGCGACGGGCACAAUGUAGAGUAUCUGACCUUGGUAAUCCAAAUGAACAAUACUAAGCCCAGUAACCCGACUCCUCCACUUGGAAACCUCGAUGUCCGUGAACUUGAGCUUGAACUUAGUGACCAAAUCGAAGUUGCCGAACUUGUCGAGAGUCAUAGUUGCCAUAUUGCGCGCUGGAGGAGUACGAGAGAAGAUGAAGCGCCGUCCCAGAUGAGAUGUGUCAGAAUAGAAGGAACGUCCCAGCGAUCGGAUAAAGUUCAUACAGAGUUUGGCGAGAAAAGAGGACGGAAAGACGCGUACUGAUUCCCUAUCCGGCUCGGCGUCAAAAUCAUCAAUUUUUGAUCUCUUGACUUCCGCUCCCGCGUCACCAGUAGCUCACGCGCCUCCAAACAGGCCAUGUAGAUGGCUUCAACUAAUCGACAACCAAACACGCCGGUUAACGAGCAUCCCCUCUCUCACGAAGAGCCCGUGUCGACCCGCAGUCGCAAAAGCGGUCGGUAUGGUAGUCAUGCCGAUAGUACGCCCGAAACUCGUUCAGCGGCCAGCAGUAACAACUACUUCGUCCUGAAAUCCCAACUCGAGCAGGACUCAAGGGGAGAUGCAAACCAGGACGGCAGUAUGCGCGGAUACUCAAAGACGGCGCCUGCGUCCUCAGUAUCUAGUGGAUCGCAGAAGACAAGCAAUAAGACGAACACUACGAACUCACUUUCGGCACUUUGGCCUCGGGAGGACCGACCUGCCCCUCUGUUUAUCGUCGGAGAGCGGCCUUCCCAGAAACCACAUGUCAUUCUCAACGGCAGUACGCUCGGUCUAGAGGAAACGAAUGACCCUGUCAUAACAACCACGGUCCUAAACACGAAAUGGGACCAGUGCUCUGACGCCGAAAUUCAGGCCGUCAUAUCAAGUCUCGGAGCCACCCAGUCGCCGGCUGAAGCCACAAGCCAUCCGCAUCCGUACCACUCCGCAUUACGUGUGCUGUCGCAGGCUUUCCAAAAGCUGUCUGACGAGCGGGUGCAGCUUGAAGAGGACCGGAAAGUCUUGAAGGAGAGAGAAGAAACGAGGAGACGUAGAGCCGAAGUCCUGUUAGAAGGCUUGUCGAUCGAUUCCGAGCGUGAAAUCGCUAGGAGGGUGAUCCAAACGAUGUUCGCAGAUGAGAUUGAAGGGGACGAGCACAGUAUGCGACGUCAUCAAAGUUUCCUAUCACUCAAGGAAUCUUUGACGGAGGCGAUCGAGGAUGAAGUCGCACUUCCCCGCAGUCUUUCGUCCAGCGAGGGUGCGAGUACACCGGUACCCACUGGUACCAGUAACGAGGGCAUACAGUUUCCCGGCGUGGCCAUCUCCAACGCUGAACCUGAAGCCGAGAAUCAGGUCACAGUGCGACCGCGCCCUGACAGGCCGUCUGUGGGUGAAUGGAUGGGCAGCUGGUGGAGCAAAUCUCAGCAACAUCCCAGUCGAGUCGCAUCUACCAGCAGCACAGCCGAAACAAGUGCAAGUGCAACCCCCCUUCCAAUACCACGGCCUAGUAACGGUAGACGGAGAACAGCUCGGAGCGUGUUCGGCACUCUCAGCAUCUCGAUGCUGAAUGGGAGCAACAGAAACAGUAUUGCAGAGACCGAUGGGACGUCCAUCCAUUCAGCGGAGGCUCAUCAGUCGUUGCCCCCGCCGUCCCCAGCUGCAUUCUCGCCUGUCAGUGCUGCAGCACCGCAUUUGACGACUGUUUUUGACAACUCGGACGCUUCGACCACUGCUGGAUCGUCGACGGCAUGGACCAAGGAUGAGGAUGUGACUUCUGUGAUGCUGGUCCAGGGCUCGUCUUUGCAGGCUAUCGUCAAUGCGACCCGUGUCAUGACAUCUGACCCUGCCAGCAUUCUCGCCGACCAGGGUCUCGACACGGGUCCUCUCAUCUCUCGCCUGGCACUGGAGUUGGUCAAAAAUGCGCGUGACGAAGGGCUGACAUUUCGAGAUCCAUCGAAAGCGCGUCGAGUCGAGACACAUUCGGGGAGUGAUGGGCCCGUGGGUGUUCUGAGUUCUCCAGUGUCAUCACCGCAGGAGACCAUCCAAAAUCUGAGUCGGGCCUUGGGAAGUGUUCCUACCCAGAAUGGACGCAAGCAGCAUCGCCGCCAAAAAUCGCGCGCAGCUUCGCUCAUCACUGGGACAGGGCCGUUGCUUGCGAGCUUCAUGGCUGCCGCCUCGGGCUCUGCCAUGCGUAGGACGAAUCCCAUCGUGGAUCAACAGCAGCAGCCACCAGCCAGCCAGCCAGCCUCCAGUGAGCCAUUGUCGGCCCCCGCUGUGGCCAAGGCACCGUCUGUUCCAAUGGAAUCUAUUAUCCCUGUCACCGCCAAGCCCCCGACCCAAUAUUUGUCGCGGACAUACACGCCUCUGACGGCGCGUGACUUCCGAUUUUCGAUACCUGUGCCCAUGCCGUCUGCGGCCCGGUUCUCUGCCGGGGAAACGCUGACCGAUCGGUUUGGGUUCUCAUACGAUGUCGCUCAGUAUGACAUUUUGUUGCUCAUCCGGGCCAAAGAGUGCAAGAACACAGCCCCUGCCUGUCUCACUGGAGUGAAGAUUGCCGACCGAGAAGAGGACGAUGACGGAGGCUGGCCCGAUUCUGAAGACCGCCCUGUGAUUCAGAUCGUCAAGGGCGAAUGCGACUGCGAAUCGGAGCAUGGCAGUGCCAGUGGGUCUCCCGCCAGUGUAAAAUCAUCCGCUGCAAAGUCGCGCGCGUCGAACCGGCUCUCCAUCUCCGGUGCACCAGCUCCUGUUGCACACACGGCGAUCCUUGCUGUGACAUCGGACACUCCACGACAUGGAUGUGCCCGCACAGUCCGAGCGCUAUUGGACGAUCUUCGAGAGAUCCACGAUGCUCGGCAGAUCAGCCAGCGCAAGGAAUGGGACGUGUUUGUGCGCCAACGCAGCAAAGGAAAGACCGCGUCCUCCAAAGCAGCAGCUGCCGUUGCAUCUGUUGCCGGUGGCGCUGCGGCUAUUCUGGGUCUGGGCACAUCCGACGAGGUGGACGAGUUGUCGCAUAGCGACGGGUUGAUAGGAUUUGCGCAACUGGGGCUUUCCGCAAAUAAAGAUGAGCGCCGCGAGUUCGAUCGGCUCGUACGGCACGGCAUCCCGCUUGUCUAUCGCUCCAAGGUCUGGCUGGAGUGCAGCGGUGGGCUCGAAAUGAAGGAACCCGGCCUCUUUCUGGAUCUUCUUGCAGCCCAGGCUUCUCCCCAGGUCCUUGUCGAGAUCGAGAAAGAUGUCGGCCGGACAAUGCCGUUGAAUGUGUUUUUCGGUGGCGAUGGAGCCGGCGUGGUGAAGUUGAGGAGAGUGUUGACGGCUUACAGCCAAAUGAAUCCCGCAGUAGGCUACUGUCAAGGAAUGAACCUCGUCACUUCAACGUUGCUACUAGUUCACGCCGACGAAGAAGAGGCUUUCUGGGCUCUUGCAGCCAUCAUCGAGCGCAUCCUUCCAGAGGGGUUCUUCUCUCCAUCACUGCUUCCGUCCAGAGCUUGUCCUCUGGUACUUCUUGACUAUGUCAAGGACUAUACGCCCAGACUUCACGCUCAUCUCGCUGAUCUCGGUGUGGACCUUGCGGCGAUCUGCUUUUCAUGGUUCCUAUCUCUGUUUACAGAUUGUUUGCCUGUCGAGACGUUGUUCCGAGUCUGGGAUGUUUUCAUGGUAGACGGAAUCGACGUCCUCUUCCGAGUAGCUUUGGCCAUUCUGCGCAGCAACGAAGCCGAGCUGCUGAGAUGCCACUCAAUCCCUGCCGUGUACGUUUCCUUAGAAAACUUGCCCACUAGAAUGUGGGAGGCGGACAAGCUGCUGCAGCUGGAGUCAGAGCUCCGGUCAUCCAUCGUUCAUUCGGACAUCGUGGACCGUUGUGAAGCUCACAUCGCUGCUCUUACUCAGCUUAUUUCCUAGGCCACGUAAGUAGUUUACUGCGGUCUGAUGAUACGACUGUGCAAGGCUGUACAUCAGUGUUGGAUAAACCUGUAAUAUGAUGUAAAUAAAGGCAUUGGACUUGGCGGGAGAUCUUCAACUGCCCCUAACCCCAUCACGAUCUAACUUCAAUACUUGACCAUGUCGCUGGCACCGGCGCCUGAAUUACACGACUCGGAAGCGGAAGUUUGGCACCUGAAGAAGAUUAGCUUCGGGGCUGCAUUCAUUCCUCAACACAUUGUAAUGCUGCUCUCGCAAGUCCAUGCUCGUUCAUUGCUAUAUGCAACAUCCUGAUCCUACGAGGCGACAUUCAGAUUCUACCGGAGGGCCGCAGCAGUGUUUCUUAUGAGUUCCUGUCGCAACUCGUCGGCGAGUACCUCUUGCUCAAGUCCCCGGACGUGGAUAUCUCUGCUGCGCUGUCGAUAAUGCCGCUCACGCAAAAGGGCCUCGACCUGAACCCACUCUUCACGGGCGCGACCUCCUUCCGGCCCGCAGGCGACGGCGGUGCGCUGCAGCUUUUUGAACAGGCGCAGAUCCAACUCGUGCAUGGGUGGCUCGUCGACCCGGACAGCCCGGAAUCGGCACUCAUUCUGUCGCGCGCGCAAGAUUAUGACACAGCAGUGACAGCGAUCGUGGAUGCCGACUACGUCGCCAAGGGUCAGUUGGUGGUAGAUGAGUCGGCGGAGCCUGUUGCAGGGCCGAGCAGCAGCAACAGCUCCAGUGGGCCGGAGCUCACGUCGGAGGAGAGGGCGAAGAUCAAAGAUGCCAUCGCCAUCCGCCAAUUUCUCGACAGCACUCGGUCUCAGCUGACGUACCACGGUCUCUUCCAUCUUGCGUCAACGCUCGAGCCAGGAUCCCUUGUUGCGCUUUUCCGGAACUCUCAUCUAUCUGUUUUACACAAACCGGAUUCGGCCAACGACGCGUCUUUGUACGCGCUUGUCACAGACUACGUGUUUCUGAACGAAGGAUCUGUGGUUUGGGAGCGUCUGGAAGAUGUGGAUGGGGGUAACUCGACUUUUGUGGAUUCCAAUUUCGUUAGAUCCUCGCCUGCCGGGGGAGACUAUGCUGGACAGACGGCCGAGGAUGCGCUAAGGAUGGCGGAGAUUGAGGCUGGGAUGUUUGUCCCGCACGACCCCGGAGACCACAUCCUAGCACAGCAGAUGCAAGCCGAAGAAGACAAUCACGCUCAGAUGCUCCGAGAUGCCUUCACUGAACGUAAGCGUGAACGUGAACAAGCCCGAUUAGCAGAGGAGGAGAGGCGUAAUACCAAGAAGAAGAAGAAAGAUUGUAUCAUUAUGUAGAGGAUAUCCUCUAUCUCAAUCGGUACGUAAUCAAGGGAAUAAUU